ACUCAGUGGAGGCGUUCAAAACCUAGUCGUGAUGUUGUCGAAACAUUCAUUAGAUCUGCUAGAUCUGUCCAGAAACGAUAUUAAAGAUGCAGGUUUAAUGUAUCUCACUGCACAGAUAACAAAAGGAGCUGUUAUUAAACGGUUAAAUUUGAGUUACAAUGACCUUGGAGUAGAUGGGGCUAUUGCUCUUGCUGAAGCGUAUGGGCUCAAUAACAAAGUGACGCAUCUUGACCUCUCGUGGAACAGAAUAUAUCCAACACCAGGUGCAAAUUUCUUGAUAAGGACACUGGGUGACAAUAAAUCGCUAAGGAAGUUAAACUUGUCUUGGAAUGCUCUCACCGUUGGAAUACCUCUGAGGAAACUGCUUACUGUGACGACAUUGAAAAUUUUAGAUUUGAGUAACAAUAAGUAUGCGAUAGUCUGUUGUUUGGUAGUUUUAGUUACAUGUAUAAUGUAAAUCUACGUCAAUGAGAUUAAU